CGGUAAUCAGCAUCAUGCUACCAGGAAGGCCAUUGUGUUGUCUCUUUUGUUAAGCUAACCUACUGACCGUGUUGCGCCUUUUUUCCAACACAAAUCUCGGCGGCAGCAAAGUGAAACAUGUCCACAAACAUGCCACCGGGGAGCCUGAAUCUGGAGUCACAGCUUUUGUCCAUUAUGGACGUGCUGGUGAAAGCGGCGGUGGCAGAAAUCAGCCAGCUGUUCUCGGAGAGCUCGGCGUCUCUCCGUCUGCAUUUAACCCAGAGCUUGAAGGAAAACGAAAACCUGAGGACGAGGAUGAAGGUUAUGAGGAGUGAGCUCUUCUCCCUCAGGCUACAAACCAGAACUAAUCGACCAGCGAGCCGCUUUUCUCCCAUCAGAGGAAACAUAACCAAACCACGAGCUAAGCCACAAGUUCUCAUCAAAUCACAAGUGGCUCAAAAGGCGGGUGGGGAAGCUGCUUCUAUCGUCCUGCAGUCGGAGAAAAAGACCACCUCCUCUGCAGCUCAAGUGCAGUGUGCAGAUGUGGAGAGUCCAGAUGUCAUUCUAAUCAAAGAUGAGGAUGAUGUGGGAGGAUGUGGCCCAGAUAUUGGUGAUCAGGGUGACUUUAGAAACCACAGCCUGCAGGGCGGUGUUGCAACAGGAGCUCAGAAUUUGGAGCCAGCUGGUUCCUCUUGCUCAACAGGUGAUAAUGAGGAGCUGAGAAUCGUGUGCGUUCACGGCCGAGGCGAAGGGCCUCUACAGGAUGAAAGUGACACCCUCUUCUCUGCGUCUGAGCUUCAGGCUUUUAGCUCUCUGUCCAACCACGUCAGCCACGACAACCUCCUGAAUUUCACCACCGGCGCAAGUGACAGAGCUCCAAUGAGAGUCACACAGGAUAACAGUGCCGGACUGGUGAGAAACAACCAACUUGAAAGAAAUAAUUCCACACAAAUGGCUCCGACAGCAUUGAACCCUGGAUUGAAAUCACCACUAGUAGUAACUGAGGGUCAGGUGGGGCACCCCAGUCACAUGAGCCAGUUCCCACAGCAGCAGAAUGUCUUCCCUCACACCGCCAACAAAUCCCUGGACUGCAACUUCUGUGGCGAGCGCUUCCACAGCCGCGAAGACCUCAUAGUACAUCGCGCGAGUCACACCGGGGAGUCUCCGGUCCCUUGCUCUCUGUGCGGCAAGUCGUUUGUCAAUAAGACCACACUUAGCAUCCACAUGCGCAUUCACACGGGCGAGAAGCCGUACGCAUGUGCGCAGUGUGGAAAACGCUUCACGCAGAACGGCAGUCUGAAGAUCCACCUGCGGACACACUCCGGAGAGAAGCCGUACACCUGCAGUCAGUGCACAGCCAGUUUCAACAACCCCAGCAACCUUCGCAGACACAUGAUCACACACACCAACGGGACGCUCUGACCCCAACGGAUUAGAAAGACUUGAUAGACUUUGCAGUUUAGAAGCACUUUUACUGUCAUUUGUGCCACAGUGUAAAACUGUUUUGGAUCACGCGCACUUGUAGAUUCCAGGUACGCUGACACAAACAAGCAUGAUCGCUGUUCAGAUUUUUUAAUUACAGGAAAACCGUCUUUCUAUUCUCGAGCGUGCACAACAGAUCCUCAAAUGAAGACACUGAAAUAAAGAACCAUGUCACAGUUAGCAGUGGGUGACUGUGGAUUACUUCUGUUUUGGUCUGUGCUAUUUCAAAAUGGGAUAUCAAUUGUCAUUUAAAGCCUGAACCACAAAAUAAUUGCCAAAAAAUGUUUAAUGAAAUUACUGAACCUUCCGACGAGUUUUUAAAAAUAAUAUUUGAAUAUUAAUUUGCAUAUAUGAGUCUAACUUUGUUUCAUAUUUUUUUGGAUUAAUACCUUAAAAAUGUAAUGUGCAAUUUAUUUAGGUUUGUCAGGGGGGAAAAAUUGCACUAGAAGUCUCCGAAAAUGCUGUCAAAUAUAAUACGCUACGCAUUUUUGGUUAAAGCGCAUUUUAUAGCACACUUUUGUACCGAUAAAACACCACGACAAGACUGUUUGUGGCCAGAUUUGAGUUUUUCUGAAUUUUAUUUAUGCACCACAUUCAAUACAGUGUUAGAAAGCAUUCCAGCUCAAUGAUUUGCCCACUGCAGGAAACUGAUAUCUAUUAAAUUUCUGUUUUCUGACCCCAGACUCUGUUCUAGGAAGCACGUUCAGCAUACCCAGGUUAUUCCCUUUAUCUGGAUUCACUUAUCCUAACACUGGUAAUCAGGAUAAGCAGUCACAUGAAGCUGGUUAUCAGCUGGCUAAUUCAGGGUUUCCUCUCUGUGUUCAUAUCAAAGGGGUGGCGUUGGCAGCAUCUGACCAAUUACAAAGAUGGAUAAGUGACAGCAGAGUGGCUGAUUUUACACAAGAUCAAACUGUAAUAUUAGAAAACUAUGAAGAUCUGAUAGCUGAUAGGUGGUGAUUUUAUACCUGUUGAUCUCUAAUCUCAAAUAUAACCCACACUGGUCUGCAGCAUGAGUUACCAUGACGAUGUCCAACCUGCAAGAAGAAAGGUUAACCCUCAAGUUACCGGGCUUAGUUCAAAUCCACUGAUGUAAAGCUGCUUUUAUAUACUAUAGGGAUACUUUUAAGUAACUGCCGAGCUUCCUCAAAUAAUAAGAUUUAAUUCAGUCUGAACUUUAAACAAAUUGAGAACGAAAAACAUGAAUCAUUACUUAUAACGGUUGUUUUUACAUGUGUAAUGUUUCCUUUAAAAACGCACUACCUCUACUGUUGUCGUUUUUCACAGCUCUUUUCCUCUUUUUUGUACUUCCUGGAUAGAUAGGGCAAUAAUAUGCUAGUCAGUGUGGAUAUUCUGAAUAAAUAUAGUUGC